AUGUCGAAAAUAGCUGGUGCCAGUGCAGCGUUGAAAGCUGAACGGGAAGAAGAAGAACAGAAGUUAGCUGCACGAUCUGCUGUCAACUGGAAGACAAACUUGGAUAAGCAACGGAAACAACUUGAUUACAGCGAUAUUUUCGACGAGGACGUGGGCCGCGAUGAGGGACUAUGGGUUUGGGAGAUUGAGAAUUUCUAUCCAUCCCUUAUUGACGAAGCAUUUUACGGGCAGUUCUACGAUGCAGAUGCUUACCUGGUGCUGAAAACUACGAAGGAAAUCUCGGGAAGUAUACGACACGAGAUUUAUUACUGGUUAGGUGAAAAGGCUACACUUGACAAAGGGAUGUGUGCUGCUGUACACGCUGUGGGUCUGCGUAAUCAUCUCAAUGCUACGUGCCGGACCAUUCGAGAAGAGAUGAACGAUGAAUCUGAGGAAUUUCUCGAUCUUUUCGGUGGCGAGGAAAUAGUGUACAUCGAGGGUGCUCGUACCAGUACUGGGUUCUUUAGUGUCGAGAAGCCGCCACAUGUUACAAGGUAA